AUGGACUUGGGUUUUCACAAGGAGCAGGGUGUUCAAUCGUUACUUCUGAUUUCUGGGUAUUACUCCCCGCGAGCGGGGCUAGGACAGGUUCCUCUCCAUCCAACUCUGACGAGUGGGGGAGCCAGAACCUCCAUAGAUUCUCCAGCUUAUGUCCCCAACUUCGCCGAAGCAGACAGACGCAUUCGCUUCCUCGGGCGGCACCGCCGUUCUUUGCGCAAUUCCACCCACCGAGCAGCUUUUUCCAGCAUCGGGCUCGCAAGGAGGUGGCCACCUAUCUCAAUCUUGAUUGGGCUUCCGUACUUUCCCAUAGCCUGGGUACAAGCCAGAGAUUAUUCUUUGUCCCAAGAUCCCUUGUUCUGA